GCACAAGGUCAUUUUAAUCCGGAUCAUUUUGAUCUUCUUGCGAAAGCAGCCCGGACUUUUCGAUUCAGACUUUUAUAAGCGCUAUGCACUUAGUGGGCGGUCUUUAAUUAACACUCUGUAUAUUUCAAAAUGAAACAAUUUGAAUGAUCUUUCAGUAAAUUUUUACUGAAACAAAGUGAAUUGUGUGGGCGAGAUUUUUAUAUACAUUUCAGCAAAAUUUAAUGAAAUUUUCAGUAAACUUCAGGGACACUCCUUUCCAAAUAGAAACGUUUCCGUUUCAUUUUAUUGAAAAUGCUUUAAAGCUUAACAAUCAUGGAAAUGGCACUUGUGGAUCUGCCGAAAUUGACAGGUGACGUACAGGUAGGGAGGACUUGUGGAGAUAACCUCAACUGGGAGGUUAACCUUUCGUCAUCAACAGCCAGCACUGAACAAGUUCCGACAAUUCAACCGUUAUGUUGUGAAGUAUCGUCCACAGAAAUUUGUGAAAUUUCUGCGAAGAGUAAAAUAGGAUAUUGAGAGAAGAGGGAACAGGCGUCUAUGUGGCAAAUGUACAUCCGACACUUAGACUAAGAUAAUCUGAUCGCGAGAUGGAAAGUAACGCAGUCAAGUCGAAGGACGGGGACACGGAGGGCAGCGUGGACGUCAGUCGUUACUUGAACAGCGCGCCCACGAUCUUCGAUGAGAUCGUCGCGUUCCAGAAGCCCGGUUUGUUCGACGUGCCAUCGGCCUCCGACUACGAUCCCUUGUCCGACGGCGGGUCGACGAGCGCCUUCGACGCGAACUCCCUGCGCACGUCCGUGACCUCGCUGCUGGACUCCGCGGUCGAGCGGGUCGAGCACAGCGCGCUGAACGACGCUUGCCGCGACGCGUGGAUACCGUCGGAGCACACGCGAAAGAUCCUGCGGUCCGUCGCGACCACCGCGACCGGCGCGAGCCACCUGGAUCGCGAGAACCUCACCAUGCCCGGGCUGGCGGUGCAGGGCGACAUGCCGGACCUGAUCAAGAACGCCUCCAUUCACUUUCUGGGCGAGGACGAGAAUAUCCACCGGAACGUGCUCACGGCGUCGGACGUGACGCAGGACGAGCGCGGUCUGCGGAAUCUGAUACAGACCGGCUGCUACCGGGCGGCGGUCAAUCUGUCCGGCAGGCUGCUGGCCAUCUACGCCCAGGGCUACGGCAAGAUCAAUCAGCCCAGCAAGCACACGCCACACUCUCUGCAGCUCUGGUACACGAGGCUGUCGCUGCUGGCCAAGCUGCGGCAGAUGGAUGUGCUGGAGAACGAGUCACGGCCGUUCGGCAAUCUGGACAAGCCCGACAUGUACUUCACCUUUUACCCGGAGCUGUACGGCACCAGGCCGGGCUCCAUGGCGUCGUUCGCGUUCAGACUACUGCUGGCGGAGAUACCGUCUCACUACGGCAAGCCGAAACAGACGUUGGAGAAUUUAUACAAAUUACUGGCGACUGUCAAUCAGAUUAUAGCUAAUUUUCAGGCUGGUCUCAGCGGCGAGGGGACGCACGCGAGGAUCAGCGAGUCUGAUCAGCAGGACUCCGUGAAGCUGUGGGCCGCCAGGCGGUCCAGAAUCCUGGUUUCCGUCGUCAACUGCGCCGUCGGCAUGAGAAACUACAUUCUUGCGAUCGAGAUACUGGAGGAUCUGUGCCGACUGCCCGAUUGGAGCGCGGAGCAGACGGGUAUCCUUAGGUCGGCGAUAGGCAGGGUGCACUUGUUCCUUGGGGACGUCACGGCGGCGGAGAAGUUCCUCGUCCGCGUCAACAAGGAGGAAAAGGCAACGAGCGUUAGGGAGCUGGUGGACAGCGGUCUGAUGGCGGUCGCACAGAACGCCUUUCAAGAGGCCUACAGCUGCUUCCAGGCCGCGUCAGCGAUGGAGCCGUCCAACGUAAUGCUGAUCAAUAACAUGGCGGUGUGUCUGCUGUACACCGGGCAGCUGAAAGCGGCCGUGUGGCUGUUCGAGAGCGUCGUCAACAGGAAUCCGCUCAAGAGCCUGCAGGAGCCGAUCCUGUUGAACAUGUGCACGUCGUACGAGCUGCAUACGACGCAUUGCAAGCAACCGAAGUUACACUUGUUGCGGCAGCUCAACAGAUACAAGGGCGACGCGGCCGAUAUUCAAUGUCUAAAACUAGCGAUGUAACGUUAGUCACGAAUUGUCAUUGUUAAACGUUAACACAUUGCGAUCCGAGCCUGCUGUUUUUGUUUUACAAAGUAUAUAAGUUGCGGUUUAAUUUAUAGCAAGGUGUACAAAGAUACUAAGAUACGGAGAAUUCAGUGCGAGCGACUUGUGGCAUCUGUUUUAGAAAUUUAAGUUGGGGAGUCCCAUCUCGACAAGUUUGUCAAUCCACUUUCUUAACAACACAAGAAAAAUUAAGCUGGACUUAAUUCUAUUGUUGUUAAAACUAAUUUUAUAAUUUUUUGGAAGUGGAAUCGCUGCUGCACUAAAAGGAAGUUCUUUACCGCUAUUUUUAUGUACUCGGGAUCGGGUCACAAAGCGUUAAUCCUCAGGGAAGAUGUAAAUGUGAUAUUAAUAAGAAUAAAAGUAUAAUGUUUUGUUAUAUAUA